AUGACCAAGAAAGCUACUACCGUGCGGACAGGCGCGCGGAGCGUCAGUACGGCGCGGAUGAGACUACUGGAUAUGGUGAUUAAUGGACAUUGGCACUGUAUAGGAUUGAAUGUGGAAGGUGCGAGCUGGAGGUCGUAUUUCAGGAUUCUGUUGCGACAUUUGAUCCAGUUAUCGAAACCUUCGGACGUUGGGACUGGAUAUAGAGUACGAGCACGUGUUUUGCUACUGUCCUUGGGUUUAUCAUCGCUAAUGGCGGCUAUGAGCGGCGCCUAUGGGGUAUAUGUGCUUGUGAAUAAGGUAAAGUUGCUUUAUAGACACUCUAGGGAGAAGAGCCAUGGAGCUUCGUUAGUGCGUACCAGAUCCCAAACCCACCUUGCCAACGGAGCCAGAAUUAUGUAUAUUCCAGAGGACGCGUUUCGAGACCGCAAGGAAGCCGAGGAAGAAGAAGCAUCUGACAGAGGUCAUAUGGAGCCUAGAAAGAAGAUUUUCAUACCGCGUAAGGAUGAUGAUAUCAUUGAACAUGAUCAAUAUCUCUUCAAGAAUGUGGAACUGGGACGAGCCAAGCAUUCGCAGCUUUUCUAUUCCAAGUUUCUAAACCAAAUGAGUGUUUUGUCCAGGAUAUUGAUUCCUUCAUUAAUCGAUAAAAACUGCAUCCUGCUUGUUCUACAAAUAUUCUUUUUGGUCAUGAGGACAUGGCUGUCACUAUUUGUGGCGAAGCUGGAUGGUCAAAUUGUGAAGGACAUAAUUGCCGGAAGAGGGCGGCGAUUUUUACUGGAUCUGGCUUGUUGGUUCUUGAUCGCACUGCCGGCGUCAUAUACUAAUAGUGCCAUCAAGUUGUUGCAAAGAAAAUUGGGCUUGAAUUUCAGAGUCUAUUUGACACGCUAUAUCCAUGACAUGUAUUUGGACAAGAGAUUAGCUUUCUACAAGUUGAUUUUCGAUGAAAAGGCCUCCAGUUCAGUUGUCAAGAAUAUCGAUAAUUCGAUCUCCAACGACGUCUCGAAGUUUUGUGACGCGACAUGUUCAGUUUUUGCCAAUAUUGCAAAGCCCGUGAUCGAUUUAUUCUUCUUUUCGGUUUAUUUGCGGGAUAACCUGGGUACCCUUGGCGUUGUUGGUAUAUUUAUUAACUAUUUCAUUACUGGCUAUCUUUUGAGAAAGUUCACCCCACCCCUAGGUAAGCUCGCCAGCAGCAGAUCAACCGCAGACGGUAACUACUACAAUUAUCAUGUAAAUAUGAUAAACAAUAACGAGGAAAUUGCAUUUUACCAGGGCACUGAAGUUGAGAAAUCCAAGGUAAAUGAAUUAUAUGAUAUAUUGAUGGAAAAAAUAUUGGCAUUUGAUAGGAGUAAGUUCAACUACAAUAUGAUUGAAGACUAUAUUCUAAAAUAUACCUGGUCCGGCUUGGGUUAUGUCUUUGCCUCUAUCCCGAUAGUGAUAACGACAUUAUCGACAGGGGUUAACAUCGAGGAUGCUAAUAUGAAAGAAUUCAUCGUUAACAAGAGGUUAAUGUUGUCGCUCGCAGAUGCUGGUUCAAGACUGAUGCAUUCCAUUAAGGAUAUUUCCCAAUUAACUGGUUACACAAACAGAAUUUUCACAUUGCUGUGUACUUUGCAUAGAGUGCAUUCAAAGUCGUUCAGUUAUGGUGCGAUAGAAUCUGGCGCCUCCUUGAGUGCGGAGAUUCCAAAAGGCAAAGACAGUCAAGUCGAUGUUAAGAGGGAAAUAAUUCAAGGAACCGUUCAGCGUAAUUUCAAUGGUGUCAGAUUCGAGAACAUUGAUGUUAUAAUACCUUCGGAAAGGGCGGGUGAAGGGAUAAAGCUGAUAAGGAAGCUGGCUUUCCAAAUACCUCCUCAUAUUGAACCGAAUUCGUCUAAUACGAAUUCAACUCAAGAUUUAAAUAAGAUGUUUGAUGCCAAUUUACCAUUCUUCGAAGGACCUGGAGCAAGUCUUUUGAUACUCGGACCCAAUAGUUGCGGUAAAAGCUCAAUACAACGCAUCAUUGCAGAGAUUUGGCCAGUUUACAACAAGAACGGACUUCUAUCAAUUCCUUCUGAGGGAAACAUUCUGUGCGUUCCUCAAAAACCUUACUUUACGAGGGGAGGUACACUGAGAGAUCAGAUAAUUUACCCGAUGUCAUCGGAUGAGUUCUUCGAUAGGGGUUUCAAAGACAGGCAUCUUGUUCAGAUACUCAGCGAGGUACGUCUUGAAUACCUAUUGAGGCGCAAAAAAGGUUGGUCCUAUUUAGAUGCUGUUGCAGAGUGGAAGGAUGUUUUAAGCGGAGGAGAAAAGCAGAGGAUGAACUUUGCACGUAUAAUGUUCCACAAACCAAGGUUUAUUGUCUUAGAUGAGGCAACAAACGCAAUCAGCGCUGACAUGGAAGACUAUCUGUUCAACCUAUUGAAAAGGUAUAGGUUCAACUUCAUCAGCAUUUCCCAAAGACCUUCAUUAAUCAAAUAUCAUGAUCUGCUGCUGGAGAUAACGGAUGUUCAAACAGGGUCUUGGCAAUUGCAGGCCCUUGGCACGGCUGAGGCAAUUACUUCGAUAGAUCACGAAAUCGACGAGCUUUCCAAAAAGAUGGCUAACGUUAGCAAAUGGGAAUUAGAAAGAGAGGAACUGCAAGAGAAGUUGGCUGUAAUAUGA